UGGAUAAAUCGAGUCUGCAGUUUGCACCUGAGCCCUCGCAUUCAUGUCAACAAAUGUCCAAUUAUUAUCCCGAAGGAAUUCGUAAUAAAAGUGUCUCCGAGUUUAAAAAAUGGUGACGAGAUAAUUGUGCUCUUGUGAGGGUGUUCAUCGUAAUUGUGUAACGAGGAUUGCACAGAGGACUUGUGUAUUAAUUGCGCGGGAAAAAUAAGGGGAGAAAUGUCUGGAUACCGAAGGGUAAACUAUUACGAGUUGUGCAGACUCUGCACAAGCAGUGAGGGAAAUAAAUUGAAUAUAUUUCGAGAGGAGGGACGUCGCAGGCAGCUCCAGAGUAAAAUACAAACGUAUCUGCCAAUUCAGGUUCUGGAGGAGGACUCGCUACCAAAGAUCGUUUGCCACGAGUGUGUGAGGAAGUUGGAGAACUACAUUGAGUUUAGGGAGACUGUUGUCAGUGCUGAGGGCAUGCUGGAGUCGUACUUCACCUCGUUGAGGUUCUCGGAGGACUUUCUCAAGGAGGGGAAGGUCUAUGUCAAGAGCACGGAGAAGGAGACACCCUCCAGCCCUCAGGAUCCACUCAAGAUUGAUCAGAUUGAGGAGGAGGAGGAGAGCGAUCCGCUCAUAUCGGAGUCCCAGGGACAGCAGCAGGUUGUUGUGGGGGGGCUUAAUGCCUCGAAUAUACAGAUCAUCAGUGGGGUGCAGGCCAGGGUGCAGCAGUACAAAUGUGCCAUGCAGAUGCAAUCUGGUGGCGUAGCAUCAGCAGUGGUCGAGGCAACAGCCGAGACCCACUACAGCUACCAGCAACAAACCUCCCAGCAGUUGUCCCCCGAGAAUUCCUCCCCCCAGGCUCGCCUCACCGAGGCCCAACCCCAGCCCCAACUCCAGGUGCAGAAUCAAAUUCAGAGCCAAAGUCAAAUAAACUUGCAGACCCAGCGCUCCCAGCAACCAAACCCAAUCAGCACAAUAACCCAGAUCCAGCAGUUACGAGAGUUCGAGAAACGCCAGUUACAACUCGAGAAGGAUCAGUCCCAACAGCCCCAGGUGGUCAGCACAGUUCUCCUGAAGGCAGCAGAUGUCGAGCCAGAACAGGAUCAACUUCCCUCAAAAGAAAAUGAGAAUCAAAAUCUAGAGUCUCCAGACGCCAGUGUCCAGAACUACGCAGCAGUCCAAGCCACUCCAGAGGUCUUUCUCAGUCUCAACUUCAAGGACUCAGCGAUCACACAACAAACCCCUCGAGACGACGUCAAAGAGUUGAAGGAUUUUAUAAAAUCAGAUGACGCAAUUGCUCGAAAUUCGAUUGGGCAAAUCUCUGAAUUCCUACGCAUACGUACCUGUCCAGAAACAAACUCCCUGAUAACAGUCAAUCCUCAGGCGAUCUGUCAAACUGGAAGGAACCUGGACUGUCGUGACUGUGGCAAGACCUUCGAGUCAUUAACCCAGAUGAACAGCCACGAGUGUCCAAGUUCACCCCUCAUGAACGAGGUCUCCGAGAUUGAAACCAAGGACGAGCCACUGACUGGAAAUGGCACAACAACAUCAUUCAGCUGUGACGUAUGUGGUAAGCCGUUCAAACGAAAAGAACACCUGUUUCAACAUCGAAAAUUGCACACUGGUGAGAGGCCAUAUGUCUGCACAACUUGUGCCAAAGCGUUCAGUAGGAAGGAGCACCUGGUGCGUCACUCAGUGUCACACACUGGGCAGAAGAUGCAUGAGUGCGAGAUGUGUGGCAAGAGCUUCUCGAGAAAGGACAAUCUUCACAAACACAGGAAGACUCAUGGGGUCGCUGGGCCCUAUAUCUGUGAAACGUGUGGCAAAUCCUUUGUCGUUAAGCAUUACUAUCUCAUGCAUCUCACCACUCAUGCACCUACUCAGGGGGAAGGGGAGAAUUGUCCUGAUCCACUCCCCUACAAGUGUGAUCUCUGUCAUAAAGCGUUCUCGGUUAAGCAGUAUUUGACGACACACAAGCUGAGACAUCGAUCGAAGAAUAAUCAUGGCAGUCAGAGUAGUCAGAAUAGUCAGGCACAGCAAGCUGCUGUCAGCACCAGUAAUGGGGUUGUCACCAGUAGUGUCACCAGCACGAGCAGCUUGGGGAGUGGAAGUGGUCAGGAGGGACAGGUUGUCGAGAUGCAGGGGGUGGGGGAGAGGGAGCAGGGGCAGCAGCAGAACUUUGGGAGCAAUCAGUAUCAGGGGAAUGUUCAAGGGUUUCAAUGAGAUAAGGGUAAGCGUGUCUACUAUGUGCUUCUUCCUAAUGGCAAUAAUCAUAAGAUUGUUGUGGUUUAAGGGGGAGGUUGUAGGCACGCGUCUGCUGGGUUGCAAUUACGAGAGCUUGGGAAUUUCGGGGGAUUAGCUCCAGUUUAUUUCGCUAAUAUCUUUUAAAUUGAUGGUUUUUUUAUUUUUCUAUGGAUCCGUUCGUUUUUGAAUAACUGGGGGUAAUUUUCCCUAAAUGCAAAGCAAAAUUCUUCUUUAUUAGAUGAUGAGCGCGAUCAUGGUUGAUUUGAGAAUGACAUGUCAAGAUAUCUUUUUUGUCGAGAAUGGCAUGGUCUCCAGAAAAGAUCUGUUGACAUUUAAAAAAUGUAAAUUUUGUGAAAUUCCAAAAUUUUGUUUCGUGAUUAUCUCAAUCACAAUUAAUUUGGGAACAAAAUGUUAAGAUGUCUUUUUUGUAGAGUAUUUCAUGAACUCCAAAAAAGAUCUAUUGACAUUCCAACAUUUUCAGAAUAAUGAAAAAAAUAUAUUUAAAAAAAUUCUCGAGUGCUCGUAAAUGCAACACAGCUUUUUUAGUUUUAAUUUCUCUUCGGCCAACAAGCACUUUUUAUUUUCUAUUCGAUAAACAUAUUGACCCCUCUGGCAAAUUUUGUACUUUAAUAACAAUAUAAAAUGAAAAUACCGAUAAUCAAAAUGUUUUUCGUCACAUCGAUAAAAAAUAAUGCAAAACAAACCCCCUUCAGUGUAAAAGUGUUUUACAUGAAUUCUUUGCAGUGCGCUUAAGAGACUGACAGACUUUAUAUAACAGUGUAAAUAUUUUAUCAGAUGAAUGCUGAAGUAUUAUAAUUGCAGGUGCGAUGGGUAGAGGGUAGCGUUAUUAAAAUAGGGAGAGACAGGGGAGAUAUUCGUGCAAAAUACAUUGAAGUGUACUAUUAGGUUUAUCGAUUGGAGAUUGAACAUAUGAUGGGCGCAGUGUCGCCGUUAUCGACUAUUUUUUCAGAAAAAAAAUGAUAAUUCCACUAGGAUAUCUCAUAAGUAUUUAACUUUAUUUAAAUAUUUGGUUUUUGGGGAAUCUUAUAGUGAUUUGUGUCGUGGUAACAAUUGUGUGGAGCCAUAGGAGCUUUAGAAAAUUUUAUUAUAUUUUUUUUCUAGGUUUUUUUAUUUUGAAUACAUGACAAAAUCUAACGACGAACUCGUUGAUUUCGUUGAGGAAUUAUUUUUCAGCGAAAUUGUGCAAUACUCGAUCGCAGUGCGAAGCAUCACGUAGAUGUAACUUCAAUCCUUAAUUACAUUUCUUAAUUCUUCAUUAAUUGACGGUCAGCUGUGGCCCUUCAAACUAAAAAAAAAAUGGAAUAAACAGUUCUAGGGAAGGUGUGUUUAGUUGAUAAUUAGUUAUAUGUACGCGUACAUACAUGUAUAUACAUGUAUAUGGAUUAGAGUAGACGAUUUUAAGACCAAAGAAUACUAUAUUGUGUAAAGGGAGGACGACGAGAGGAAUAAGGAGGAAAUUUAAACUGUAUGUGUAAUUCUUAUCAAUUAGGUUGAUAGAUUAUAUAUUAUAAUUAUCAUGUAAGUGUGAUUGAAGUUAUGGGAUUAUACAAUUUCUGGAAGACUUGAUUAGAGAAUUAGUGGAGUGCCAUUGACCAAAAUUAAAGGGGGAGUAGAUAAAUGGAAAUGUACGGAUUAAAUUGCAUUUUAAUAAUCGCCAUGGAUAAUUUUAACUCAUCGAAUUGCGUUUUCAUUUUGUAACUUGUAAUCGAACUUUCGGCUAAAUUAGAAUUUUUCCGUCAUUAUUGAGGGAUAGGUAAUAUGGUUAAUCCUUCGACGUCUGAAUAUCAAAUAAAGAGAAUCUUUGAGAGUGA